GCCACUAGUUUCACAGCCCCACUCCUGGACACGAGGAAGAAUAUGCUGACCACAAGCAGAGAUGGCACGACAAGUCUGUCUUUGUGGAUUAUUUUACUCUACAUCUCCGGUUUCUGCGCCAGGAAGCAGCACGAUGAUUCUGAUGAUGGUGAGUCCUGGUUGGAGAGUGUUUCCAGGGCGAGGUGUGCGUCGCGGUGCCUCAGUUUGCACAGCAUAGCGGCACUCUUUACCCCGCAGCAGAAAAAUGGAUCCUUGGCCUGGUGUGAUAAUCAUAAACAGUGCGCAAAGUGCCUGGAGCCCUGCAAAGAUUCCUGGGAGAUAAAGUGGAAAAGCAACUGCAGAGAGCUGUGUGAGCGGGUGUUUCCCAAGAAGCACUGGGAGUGUGUGACCAGCUGUGAGUUCCUUCAGUCAGUGUUGGCAGUGAAGCAGGGCAGCUGUCCACCUCCAGAGAAAACCAGCAGCUUUGCAGCGGCCUGCGUGGAGAGCUGUGAUCACGACCAAGAAUGCUCCGCUCAGAAGAAAUGCUGUUCCAACGGCUGUGGCCACACCUGUCAGCCACCCAAAGACCUCUACAAAGGUGCUCCUCUGAAGCCGAGGAAGAAGCUGGGCUUUAAAGAACUCCCUGGUCAGCUGGAGGUGCAUUGGUUCUCCCACUUCAACAUCUCAGCUGAGCCUGUUGUCUACAUCCUCCAGAGGAGGUGGAACUUUGGCAUCCAGCCCAGCGAGGACACUGCCACCUCCUGGCAGGUUGUUGCACAGACCACGGAGCAGGAAGCGAGGCUCUCUGACAUCCGUCCAGGUCGCUGGUACCAGUUCAGAGUGGCAGCUGUCAACAACCACGGGACCAGAGGUUUCACAACGCCCAGCAGACACAUCCACUCCAGCAGGGACCCCUCCUAUCCUCCAGCUCCCACUGAGCUGAGAGUGGCCAGUAUGAGCUUUGGCCCCGGCAGGGCGGUGUCAGCCUGGUUCCAGUGGAGUAUGCCUGCUGACCUGGAUGUUCCCGUCCAUCACUACAAGGUCAGUUGGAGCUGGACUGCAGUCGGACAGCCGUCUGAUCCAUCCCUGACCAAGAGGAGGAAGACAGUCAGAGAGAGCCAGGUGGAGCUGGACAGCAUGCGGUCUAACAGGAGCUACAGUGUGGAGGUCCAGGCUGUUUCCUACUGGGGACAAACUCAGUUCAAAGGACCCCGAGCCGUCCUCCACUUCACUACACAACGCACCACCAGAGCUGCUCCAAGAAACCCUACAGGUGACAUUCUGGAUGUGGGAACACCAUUCUACCAGGACGGACAGCUACAGGUUCAUGUUUACUGGCAGCGCAGCAUAGAUCCUUCAGUUGAAUUCUACAGAAUCCAGUGGGGACCAGAGUAUUGUGGAAACAACCAGACCAGACCCAUGGAGAAGACCAGCACACAGGAAAGCUUUGCCAGCCUGCAGGGCUUGCUCUUCUCCUGCAAGUAUAAAGUCCUUAUGCAGCCAGUCAGCAAGAAGAGUCAUCCUCUGGCAGAAAGCACCAGCUUCUUCACUCCUUCCUGUGCCACCAUCCAGGCCAAGAGUCUGAAACUCAUCACCUGUCCUGGAGAAAAAGCAGUGUCCCCUCAAAAGGUACUGGUGAAGGCAGCCAACCUGACAGCGUCCUUUGAGGUCCGGGGCAGCAAUGUGACAGCCAUCUUUAGCUGGGAUUUGUCCACAGCCCCGCCCCACCAGCAGCUGACUGGUUAUCAGGUGACCUGGGCGGAGGUCAUCCCCACCAACCGCCACAACAACAACAAGCUGCCUCACAGCCUCAUCUCUCAGUCCCAAAUCCUACCCCCGGAUGGUAAUGUUCUGGUUGUGUCAGGCCUGCACCCCACCAGUCUAUAUAGGCUGGAGGUCCAGGCCUUCACAGCAGAGGGUGAAGGUCCUGCAACCAGCCGAACCUUCCAGACUCCUGGACACCAAAGCACCCUUAAGCAAAGACCCAGGCUGAGGAAGCAUUACCAUAAACAGCCAAUCAUUGAGAGGCACUGAGCCCAGACAGCCAAUCAGCCUGCAUGAAUCAAGUCUCCCAAACUCAGGAUGAUCAAGAAUCACAGAGCAGUGAUCACUAAUGACAAGUGAAGCCUCAUGAGUUUCAUGAUCGAGAUGAAUUCUCCAUAACAACUAGCAGCCAUUUGAUCUCUCCCUGCAAUACCUCACAGUGGACUGGGUUGAUAUUGUUAAAGCUGCUACACAUAUCAUUUUGAUAUAAAUGAAAUCACCACUGACAAGAUUGGCAGCCUUUACUGUCCUCUACACUUCAUUUCACAGUGUGAGCCAACAGGUCAGAUUUGGCACAAUAACUGCUGGACUGCUUUACAGAACAAAACUAGGAAAAGUAAUUUUGUAUCCUUUUUAGUAAAACCAAACUACAGACUUAAAGUUAGAAUUAGUAUAUACUAAUAUUAAACUGUAACACAGAUUCACAGUAACAAUACAAAUACUUGUCAAUAAUUGACCAUGGUCUCAUUGUUUUACACUAGCAAUACAGAGGUUCAAUUCAAUGUAUUUGUAUAGCGCCAAUUCAUAACAGAAGUUAUCUCAUUGCACUUUUCCUAUAGAGCAAGUCUAAACUGUACUCUUUAUAAUAUUAUUUACAAAAACCCAACAAAUCCCACCAAAAGUCACUGUCACACAUACAAAAGACUGACCAUCAACACCAUUGAUGAUACUGUUUAUUAUAGCUUCAUCACGUGGAGCUCAAUCAACAGUGAUUGGAAGUGUAGCAAAUUUAAAUGGAGGAGAAUAUCUUACAUAUACAGCACUGGGGGCCAGGGCACCAUAUAGAAUAAAUUAAGAAAAUUACAACUUCAAUCUGAUCAAAGAAUUAUUAAGCAAUGUUGUGAAUCUGGUUAUGCAUUGAGUGCCAACUUUUUGAGUGCUGUUCAAUUGUCUGUUCUGUUGACACAAUUUACUCUUUACUCAAGAAGUAUUUAGGUUUGAUACCCAUCCCUAAUUCCCUGCUGUACCAUUUUGAUGGAAUUGCAUGCAAACACCCAAAUGUUUAUAGUGUUGUAAGUGUCAUUAAGUGGUACAUUCAGAAUAUCUUAAAAUCUGAAAAAUUAUUUCCUGCAGCUGAUUCACUGUUUAGAUUUAUUGUUAAGUAAAUGACAUGUAGCUCCCCUGUACUCUGUAAAUGCUGUACAAUUUUUUUUGUCUAUAUUUAAUAGUUGUGGUAUAUUUGUCUGGACGAGUGUAAACAUAAUCCCAUCUAGGGCAGGGCCUUUCUGUGUGGAGUUUGCAUGCUCUCUAUGUGUUUGCGUGGGUUUCCUCCGGCUUUCCCCCACCAUCAAAAACAUGUAUAUUAAGUUAAUUCUCCUGUCAGUGCCCUUGACCUGUGCACUUGCACUUAGAACUGGAGUUGGUCACCGGGCGCUGCACAGUGGCUGCCCACUGAUCCUAAUACUUAGAAUAGAUUAAAUGCAGAGAACGAAUUUCACAAGACGUUUUACUGUGUAUAAUUGUGUAUGUGACGAUAAACUUGAUUUUUGAUUUGA